AUGCCCUCGUCCAAGUUGACCCGGGAGCUGCACGGCCGCCUCCUGCACCGCUUCCCGGCCCUCUUUACCGACCUCGACGCCAGUGCAUCGGGCAGCGCCGCAGGCCCGAGCAGCUACGGCGCGACCGACGGUGCACCGGCGCCUGCCGACGAUGGCCUGCAGAAGCUCGGCGCCGACCCGAGCAAGAUCGAGCCCAAGGUCUGGCUCGCCUCGGAGCGCACCCUCCUGUCGUGGUUCCGCGUGUCGCUCCUCCUGUCGUCGUUCGCGCUCGCCCUGUUCAACUCGGCCGGGCCGCGCGACUACGCGUCCAAGUCGAUGGGCGUCUGCUACGCCGUCAUCGCCUGCGGCAUGCUCGCGUACGCGUGGGUCAUGCACCGCAUCCGGCGGUACCGCAUCGUCAUGCGGUACCCGGGCCACCACGACGAGCCGUACGGGCCCGUCGUCGUGUGCGGCCUCAUCUUUGUCGCCGUCCUCGUCAACUUUGUACUGCGCGUCCGGCACCGUGAGGACCUUCGCGACACGCCGUCGCCCAAGAACCCGUGGGUGACAACGAUGGAGCUCGUUUGGGUCGGGCUCAACCUUCAGGCGCCGUCGUCGCCUCUCUAGAUCGCGAUCUCUGCCUUUUUUCGUAGCCGCGCUGCAGCGUCGUCCCUCUUUCCCGGUCUC